UACACAUAAACCUAAUGUACGCACCAAAGUGGAGGCGAUAUACGCAUCAGAAAAAUAAGUGACUCCAUGUAAUAGUCUUUACGACAUCACAUGUCCAUUCUACUGAUACGGAAUUGACUGAAUGCAUUCAUAUUUACGAUCUCAUUUGUUUAUUGAUGUAUUGGUUGAUUUGAUUUAAUUCACAAAAAAAACAGCACAAUAUACGAUCAUUUGUUUUGUUAUUUUGAAAAUAAAUUAAUACACUAUCAAUAGGUGCAACGUUAGUAUAUUAAGUAACUCAGUAGAUUGUUAUGAAUCUUUAUACAAUUCGCUCAUACAACCCACUUCUAUUUAUUCGUUCAUGUUCCUGGACUUGAACCCUCGUUCACUGCGUGCUGGCAUCGCGUAAUCCGUCUGUGCUAUAUCUGUACGUGAUGAAAAGUGAUUCCAAACUAAAACACCUCAUAUGUAUUACUGUGUGAUUACUGCAGUUCUUAAUGUAGAUUUUUGUAGCUAAAAAUAGAUAUUGUCAUCAUUAUACGAUAUCCCAUGCACUUUUUAUUGACUUUAAACGAUAUCAUUUUCAAUGGUCGGAAGUGACUUUAUUGUUAUACCACAUGAAAUCAUAUUUCAAGCAAUGAUUUACUGUGUUCAUAUAACCGAUUUUUAUGAGACAUUAAAAUGAUGAAAUCUGAUUUUGCUCGAACUGUUUUACGAUACCUUAAGUAUGUUUAGAAAGUGUUGCCGAUAUAACAAAUUUGAUUGUGAAUCCAAUUUUGAACAUUAGGAGAAUUUAGUAUUUUUCAAGAAUAAGAUACUUAAAAUUCAUAACAAUAAUACUCUUAAACAUAUUUAAGUGUAGUUAAAACAUUUGAAACAUUUUUACACCUACAAUUAUCCACAAUUGCAUCAGCUUAAAAAAUAAACCAUAAUGAUGCGCGGUUUUGGAACUGGCACCACUGCUAUGUUAAGACAGCUCAUAAAAAAGUAAACAAAACGGAACCGUUCGGAAAUUCUAGUGCUUGCUUCCAUGAAAAUCGAUCUCUCCGCAUUCAAGAAAUUUGCGCAAAGAUGUACACCGUCGUUCAGUUUAUUGAGAACCAAAAAUUCAAGGUGAUGGCUGUCCCCACAAAAUGGGUUGAAAAGAGCUGCUUGUUGUGGCCAAGAGCUGCAAAUGCAAAAAUUGAACAAUUACGAAUUUCUGGACGAACGUUCGAAGGAGCCACUAAGAAAAUUCCGGCGAUAGUGUGCGGCCGCUUUAAGGAAAUCAGCCUUGCAGAGGAAGCGGCAGAAGAACUGUCCAAGCGAGAAGUCUCCGAUGUAGACGGUAAGAAGAAGCGGCUCAAGCCUGCCAAAAAACCGAAGGCAUCGGCGAAGAAGAACUACAAUGAUAUGAUUGAAGAAUUCAACCGCCAACCUCUUACUGAACUGUCCCAAACAGCACAGCCAAAGGUGAGAGUCAUCAAUGCCGGCAAACUGCAACCUUCCGUGCCAACAACAAUCCUGCGUGCAUCAGGCGAAUCCAGUGAAGCUCCCAGUAAAACAGUAGAUUCAACAGCAAGCCAUGAUAUGCCAUUCCCUGCAGCUGAAGCGGCUCAGGUUGUUACGGAUAUCCGCCAUUCAACAUCAUUUUUGGCGGCACCUACGCAGGACACUAUGCCAACUGUUUUACACUUGGCUCAAGAAAAUCAAAUGGAAGCUCCUAUGGAUCAGACUGAUCAGUGGCCAACAUCGAGUAAAAUGAUUGGAGGAACGUCUCCUACAACGCUUGUGGAUGCCAAUCAAAUUUAUUUUCAGGAUGAAAAUAUUGUUUAUCUUCAGCCCUCAGACGAAAACGACAUUUCUGGUUUACAAAUCGCAGGAUCAAUGAGCUACGAGCAAAUGAAAGCUGACCUGAAAGUGUUCAUAGAACAAACUGUCGAGAAAUCUAUCGAGAAUGCGUUCCAAAACAACUUCGCGCGUUAUGCAGCUUUGUCUGAGAUACAAGCUAAGGAUGACUCUGCAAAGACUGUCCCAGAUGAUUCCGUGGAAAAUCAUGCGCCAAUAAAUGACGAAGAUGAGCUAGCGAAGUGGAAUAUAAAACUCAACAACAAAGAAUUGCAACGGCGUUAUUUGGAGUAUUUCUCAAAAAUAAUCAUUCCAAAUGCGUAUAACCAAAAAGGCAACAAUGCUUGCUAUACUGUGGUAGACUGCCUGUUUUCACGUGAGUUUUGGACGAAGAUGACAUGGACAGGAAUCAGUCGAAGCGAUAAAGCAAAGAGAGGUUUCCGUGAAUACGGUAAUGUCACUCAGCUUUUGGGUGAUAUAGUACGAAUUGGCGAUCCGUCCUACACUGCGCAGCAAUUGGAGUUAUUUUGCCGAAACCGCCUGUUUCGCUACUGCAAAUCUCGAUCUACUAGUCGACGGCUUCGGAAAUCAGCAUGCAGACCAAAACGCUCCAGUAAAGCAACAGCCACAGUUGAACAAAAUGCCGCCGAUGCUGAUGAUCUGUGUUCAUCUGAUGACGCACGGAUGUCGGGCGAACUUUCUAACAGCGACGAAUAUGAAACUGAUUCUGCAGGACUGGAGCGCGACGAAAAAAUCUCUUCAGAUUCCAGCUAAUUUCAAAUUUAAAUAACAUUUGAAGAUCGAAAAUCGAAGUUUUUUUUUUAUUUGUUCAACUCUUAUUAGAGUUUCGAUAUGAACUACAUUUAUCUUUUUUUUUUGUAAGUACUGACUACUAAGUCACUGUAAAUGUCUAAGUGACACAGUACAAAACAUGCUUAUACAUUACUUGAGUCCACUGUAUAACUUUGGCAGGAAAAUCAUAAUAAAUGUAACGAUAACACAAACUGAUAAUGUAUACAGUCAAUCCUCCAUGAGUUGAUAUUGAAGGGAACAACUCAUGAAAGUA